UGCGUUCAGUCGAUUUCUGUCGGCCGUGCGGCAAACACGCAGCUCGCUUUUCAGCCAAUUCAACCAGCUCCAGAAUCAGCUUACCACCAGCUUUCAAAACAGCAUCGCAUCGCGUCAUUAAUCGCAUCGUGCGACAGGACCCACAAAACAGUUUUCCCAGCAACGCGCGCACUUUUCCCGGUAUUCAACCUCUGCCAACGGUCUUGUGUUUUUCCGCCCUAUCGCUCCGGAUUUUAGUUUGCAUAUUUAAGUUCGCUUAACCAUUCCGUUUCGGUGUCAAGAAAAACUUAUCCAAAAUCCCGGUGAUAAGAAGCUGUCUGCCAAAAGCGGAGAGCUUAGCGCAGAAUUGUUCAACACAAAAGUGAAUUACAAAUCAAUUGAGAAAGCCCUCGGCUGCGAGACAUAGAGAAGCCAUCGAUUCCAUUUGAAAAGUGAGCCACUAAGGGAAGAAAAAAAAGAGUUCCCGCAUGAGUAACAGCGCCAUGGUGGCCGUGGCCAUCUGCUGCAUCCUCGUCCUGCUGGCCGUAUUCAUUGUGAUCAUCAUAGUGGUCGGGCAGACCAUUGAGGAGCCCAAAUGAG